AAGCUACACAUUUAGUGAUGUCGCUGAUUAUUGAUUAUCGCCUCAGCAUACUCCUCAUGUGAUUACCCCGGGAGGCUGCUGUCUUGAAAACCUUCCACUCGGUAUGUCUGAUGCAGUCCUUAACUGCGGAGGGUGCAUGACUUUUUCCUGUCUUUUCAUAGAUAUUUCACUGUUGCACAAAAUGGCCAAUUUUUUUCCAUCCUUUGAUGAUGGCACUCAAAAAUGACCAGUUUAAUAAUGAGUACCUUUAAGGCUGUGUUCACAUUAUAUAAACAACUUUCACAAAACACUUCAUAGUUGCAGGUCAGCUGGUUGUGUGUACAGUUUUUGUGGAGCUUAAGCAGUUGGUUUCUUGACUCAUGACAUUUAUUAUUUCAUAAAGCCAAAGUUCUUCCACCAAAAUGCAGCUGUAUCAGGCACAAACCUGGAGCGAAUGGGGAUUGAAUUGCAAUUGUGCAAACAGACUAAUGGUCCAAUACAACUACUGUCGUAGGGAAGACCGCAAAUGCUCUCUAACAUGAUAUAGUUUUGUCAUUUUUGCACAACUCUGAUAUUAGUUGUUUGAAUAAGUUUAUUUGCAUUAAUAUUGUUUAACUUUUCACGGCUUUACUGCCACAGCAACAUUAUACCCAUGUUUAUGACUUAGAAAUGAUCUCAGCAACUCCCCAACUUUAUUGUUUUGUUCAGACAACAUGUUUUAAAUGAGUCCUGUGAGACGCUUCAACUUUGAAAAAACUAAAAACAUUAAUUAUAAUUAGUUUGUUUUAAGAACAAGAAAAGUUUGAUGAUCAAAGUAAGCCACAAUUCUCCUCUCCAUGGAUCAAAUUAGUGCAAAUAAUGGGGUAUUGUUUACUGUCUUUCUCAGUACCAAUUGCAAGCAUCACCUCAUGAGAUUAGUGUAGAAAUACUGUAUAUAAUUCACUGUAAACAGGUCAGACUUACAGCCGCAUGCUUACUGCUUUUGGGUGUUACAUCAAACAGCUGGUGCUGCCCAGUACUUUUAGGAAACAUCAGACUAAUGAGGUAGGCUGUGAACACAGGCUGUGGAGAUCAACUAUGACUUCUUUAAGGACUGUUUUAAACAGCUCUGCCAUCAUUCACCCUCCCGGUUUCUAUAUCAUUGGAUUUGAGACGUUUCCUUUCAUCAGUGUCUAUUUUAUCUUUCUAGCAUUUGCUUAUGGUGUUACAGUGCUCUUCAACAUUUUGGUGAUUUAUGUGAUUGCUUUUACUCGUCAUCUGCACACUCCAAAAUUUUUGGCUGUUGUCAACCUUGCAGUUAUUGAUUUAUUUCUUAACACGUGUACCAUUCCCAGCAUGAUCAAAAUAUUUCUUGUCAAGGAUAACUUCAUUCCAUUUAACUUAUGCUUGCUACAAAUGUAUGUAUAUUAUGUGUUUGCAGCGCUGGAGUCAUUUGCUCUUGCUGUACUCGCCUAUGACCGGCUAAUUGCAAUAUGCUUCCCUCUGCAUCAGAACUCAAUUAACACUGUGCGAAGCAUGUGUUGUAUUGUCAGUGUAAUGUGGUUUGCUGCUCUGGGAAUAACAGCAUUUACAACAGGUAUAAUGACUCGACUUUCUUUUUGCAGGUCUGUGAGAGUGUUUAGCUAUUUCUGUGAUUAUGCACCUGUGUUUCGGCUCGCCUGUAAUGAUAACACAAUGCAGUGGUUUGCAGCUUCCCUUCUCACCAUUUUGCUACUUUUUGUCCCCUUUACUUUGAUUCUUCUGUCUUAUGUCAGCAUCCUGGUGACUGUGUUCAGGAUGAAAUCUUUAAACAGUCGGGUGAAAGCUUUGGCCACUUGUGUUGAGCAUCUCAUUGUUGUUGCUAUAUUUUACAUUCCUCUUACUGUCAUUUUCACAAUUGGGUUUUAUUUGGGUGUUAUUGAUCCAGAUCAGCGAGUGCUGAGUCUGUCAAUGGCCUCAUGCAUCCCACCCUGUGUCAAUCCUAUUGUUUAUUCUUUGAAAACCAAAGAGAUCAAAACCAGAGCACUGGCUCUUUUGAGAAAAACUAAAGUUAAUGCAUAACAUAGCAACAAAAUCUAAAGCAGUCUUUGUAGAGUUAUGAAAACAGAGCAACAAGUAACAAAACAUGAUCAAACGACACGGUUCUAAGUAUCAGGUGCAGGUGUUGAUGGAACGUAGCUCACCCUUCAGUUUGGUAGAUUAUGGGAUCCUCGUUGUCAAGCUAGAAGUGUGGACCUUCUGAUCGGGUUUUGCUCUUAGCUGCUUUCUAAUAUAUUAAUUGUUUGUUUGUUUGUUUUUUGGACGAUCUGCUUCCAAAUCCUUUUUCCUGAGUGUACAAAAUCCUCCAUAACAGAGGCAUAUGUCAAA